AUGUCAAAACGGGUUGGGCUCAGUGAAGGCGAACUUGGUGACUCAGAAGGUGAAGGUGAACUUGAUGACUCCGAAGGCGAAGGUGAUUCAGAAGGUGACGGCGAUUCAGGAGUUGGACUAGGCGCUUUAGGAGUUGAAGGCGUAGGCCAUCCAGGUAUGUCUGGCCAUCCUGGAAAUGGAAAUGGAAAUGGAAAUGGAAAUGGAAUUCCCGGUAUUUUUGGGAAUGGGAUUCCAGGUAUGUCUGGGAUUGGGAUUCCUGGUAUGUCUGGAAUUCCUGGUAUUUUUGGGAAUGGAAUUCCAGGUAUGUAUGGGAUUGGGAUUCCUGGUAUGUCUGGAAUUCCUGGUAUUUUUGGGAAUGGGAUUUCUGGUAUGUCUGGAAAUCCUGGUAUUUUCGGAAAUGGAAUUCCUGGAAAACCGGGUAUGAAACAGUCAGAACUUGCAUCAUCGUUGUCUUUAACAUUUUUUGUAGUGCAAUAUUUGAUACCAUCCACAUUAUUUUGUUUUGUAGCAACCUCAACUGCAAAAAAUAUGAACCAUAAACAAUUCAAAUUACGGAUAUCUUCCAUCAAAUUUACAUUGAAAUGA